AUGAGCCGUCAUGGGACAAUAGUCCUGCUCCUUUCCGUUGUCCUGCUGUCUUCUCAUAUGAGUCAUGGCCAGCACUGGUCUUAUGGACUACGGCCAGGUGGAAAACGGGAAGUUGAAAGUCUCCAGGACUCCUACGCAGAGGUGCCGAAUGAAGUUUCAUUCACAGAACCUCAACACCUUGAAUGCUCCAUUCCACAGAACAGACACAGCCUCCUCAGAGAUGCUUUGGUGAGUACAUUUUAA